AUGGCUGGCGUCGGUGAAUCUACGAUUGUGUCUAAUGCCACCAACUUGGCCAAAUUCAUGAAAUUGGACCAAAAAGGCAAGGUCCUGGCUGAGUACAUCUGGAUUGACGGAUCAAAUGGCCUUCGAAACAAGACAAAGACCCUGAGCGAAGCCCCCAAGAGUGUCGAUGAUCUUCCCGAAUGGAAUUUCGACGGCUCGUCGACCGGCCAGGCCCCGGGUGACAAUUCCGAUGUUUACAUCCGGCCCGUGGCCAUGUAUCCCGACCCAAUCCGUCUAGGCGAAAACGUUCUGGUAAUGUGCGAGACUUGGGACCCUGAUGGAACACCCAACAAAUUCAACUACCGCCACGAAGCGGCCCGACUGAUGGAAGCCAAUGCCAAGCACAAGGUGUGGUUUGGUUUGGAGCAAGAAUACACUCUCUUGGCCGCCGACGGUUGGCCAUAUGGCUGGCCCAAGGGCGGAUUCCCCGGUCCUCAGGGCCCUUACUACUGCGGUGUCGGCACUGGUCGCGUUUACUGCCGUGAUAUUGUCGAGGCACACCACAAAGCUUGCAUGUACGCCGGGAUCAACAUUUCGGGCACCAACGCUGAGGUGAUGCCCGCUCAAUGGGAAUACCAGGUUGGUCCUUGUGAAGGCAUUGACUUGGGUGACCAACUUUGGGUUUCUCGAUGGCUCCUCCACCGUAUCGCCGAAGAAUUUGGUGCCAAAGUCUCAUUCCAACCCAAACCUAUCCCGGGUGACUGGAAUGGAGCUGGCCUCCACACCAAUGUGUCGUCCAAGGAGAUGCGUGAAGAAGGUGGCAUGAAAUUCAUAGAGGAGGCGAUGAAGAAGCUGGAGAAGCGCCACGUUGAACAUAUCAAGGUCUACGGUGAAGAUAACCAUCUGCGUAUGACUGGAGCACACGAAACAUCCAGCAUUGACAAGUUCACCUGGGGUGUAGCCGACCGAGGGUCGUCGGUCCGCAUUCCCCGAGCCUGCGCCAGAGAAGGCAAGGGCUACUUCGAGGACCGACGACCAGCUUCCAACGCUGAUCCAUACCAGGUUACUGGUAUGAUUGUAGAGACUCUGUAUGGCUCCCUGCCCGAGGAGAAGUUUAACUGA